UAUGUACUAUUCAUUGGAAUUUACGAAAACAUAUUCAGAUACUAAUAUUCAAAUAUACAAUUUGCAGGUGGAAAGGGGAGAAUGUGGCCACCACAGAAGUUGAAGCUGUGAUAAGCAGUAUACUAGGAUUGAAAGACUGUACCGUAUACGGUGUUGAGGUGGGUGACAAUGAGGGCAAGGCGGGGAUGGCGGCGAUUGCGGACGCGAGUGGCCAGGUGGACUUGGCGGCGCUGGCCGAGGGACUCGACAAGGAGCUGCCAGCCUAUGCGAGGCCUCUGUUUGUGCGCCUGCUGCAUGCGGUCGAGAUGACCGGCACCUUCAAGAUGAAGAAGGGCGACCUGCAGAAGGACGGCUUCGACCCUGCCAAAGUCACCGACAAGCUCUUCUAUAGGAAAGGCAGCACUUACAUUCCAUUAACACUAGACGUGUUUCCCAAAAUCGUAUCCGGCGAGGAACGGUUAUGAGAUAUUGAUUUAGCGCGCUUAGACAAAUUUAUUUACAAUUUGUAAAUAAUUCUGUUGAGAAAUUACGAUUUCAUUUUAUUCGUAUCAAUCUAGAGAAAUGUUCACUUUUUAGGAAUCUUAUUGAAUUCCUACGACGGAUUCGAUCCAUCCUUGAGGAAGUCUGUUAGUAACUCUCACUUCAAAAACGGUGUCACAUUAUUAAUGAUAGUGGAAUAAAUAGUAGUCAAUUAAUCUGAUUUUAUAGAAGGUUGUAAAAUAUUGAUAAAUAUCCAUUAUUUUGAACUACGGUUUAAAGUACUGGAAUGGAAAAAUAGUUUCUCAAUUCUUCUACUUAAGUGCUCUUCACUCUUCAAUAAUUAUAACAUAUUUUUCUUUUUCAACGAUCAAAACAUUCGUAUAAAAGCUAAAAACACUAGCCAAAGAAUCGUUUAGUACCUCUUACUGAUAUAGUAUAUUAAUUUGUUCCAAGGAGAUUGUACUUACCAUGUAAUUUUAUGGUGAUGUAUUCUUGUUUUUUAUCUAUUAAAAUAUUAAUUUUGUUCA